AACAGGGCAAUUUGUUUCCAGGAAGUUACAUAACACUUGGGGAUAGAGUCAAAAACUGGGUACAAAAUUUCAGUCUCUGAAAAUUUCAAUGUGUUUGCUGUGCUGUUAAGCAGCUGGAGCAGAAGAGAAACGUCAUGGGGCGAAAGACUCUUCUGCUGCUGCUGCUGCUGGGUGUCCUCGGAGCGUAUUAUGUUCACACACCUCUCCCAGACAAUAUUGAGGAGCCGUGGAAAUUAGUCUUGUUGAAUGCACUGUUUAAAACUGUAUUAAAUUUGUCUCUGUUUGCCGAACUAUUGGGAAUCAACCAUGUCAUGGACACUUUAAUGUCCUGUAUGAGUUUUCAAGAAGUCCCACCCACAUCUGACGAAAAUGUCACUGUGAUGGAGACCACUUUCAACAAUGUUCCUGUCCGUGUCUACAUUCCAAACCGAAAGUCGCAGGCACUGAGGAGGGGCUUGUUUUACAUUCACGGUGGUGGCAUGUGUUUAGGGAGUGCUGCUUUGUUUGCUUAUGACGAGCUCUCAAGACAAACAGUGAAUAGCCUUGAUGCUGUUGUCGUUUCGACCGAUUAUAGAUUAGCACCUAAAUAUCAUUUCCCCAGUCAAUUUGAAGAUGUAUAUAAUUCAUUGAAGUGGUUCUUACGCCAGGAUGUUCUUGAAAAAUACGGUGUAGAUCCUAAAAGAAUUGGAGUUUCUGGAGACAGUGCCGGAGGGAAUUUGGCUGCAGCGGUCACUCAAAAGCUCAUAGAUGACCCAGAUGUCAAGAUCAAACUCAAGAUCCAGUCUUUAAUUUAUCCCGCCCUGCAGACUCUUGAUAUGGAUUUACCAUCCUAUCGGGAUAACGCACUACUUACACCUGUGACCAAAUCACUCAUAGUCAGGUUUUGGAGUGAAUACUUUACCACGGACAGAUCACUUGAAAAAGCCAUGCUCUUCAAUCAGCACACACCAGUGGAAUCAGCCCAGCUCUUCAAAUUUGUUAAUUGGAGUUCUUUGCUCCCCGAGAUCUUUAAGAAAGGGCACUUGUAUAAGAGUCCAACUCAUGGUACUUCUGAGCUGUUUAAAAAGUAUCCAGGGUUUCUAGAUGUGAGGGCAGCUCCCUUGUUGGCUGAUGAUAACAAGUUACAUAGCUUACCUGUGACCUAUGUCAUCACCUGCCAAUAUGACGUCUUAAGAGAUGAUGGAAUCAUGUAUGUCACUCGACUUCAGAAGGCUGGAGUUCGGGUGACCCAUCAGCACUUUGAGGAUGGAUUCCAUGGAGCAAUUACCUAUCAUGGAUUUAAAAUUGGAGAUAGAAUCAAAAAUCAUUAUCUAAGUUGGCUAAAUGAAAAUCUAUAGUAAA